UGGAGCUUUUCCUCUCACAGUAACUGCUGAUAGCACAGACAAGCCAGAGUGCUGAGCAUAAAGCAUUACCUCCUCUGUAAGAUCCUCUGCUUCUGCUGCUGAGAUGUGCAUGAUGUCUUUCAAGAAGGAAACGCCUCUUGCCAAUGCUGCUUUCUGGGCUGCUCGGAAAGGAAACCUGGCUCUACUCCAGCUGUUGUUAAACAGUGGCCGUGUCGAUGUUGACUGCAGAGACAGUACAGGGGCUACAGCCUUGAUGGUAGCGUCGUAUGCUGGACAUACGGAGGGUGUACGGGAGCUGGUCUUACAGGGAGCAGAUAUCAAUCUCCAGAGAGAGUCUGGUGCCACUGCCCUGUUUUUUGCUGCCCAGCAAGGUCACAAUAAUAUAGUGAAAUUCCUCUUCGAAUUUGGAGCAUCUACAGAAUUCACUACCAGAGACGGAGGCACGGCGCUGCUAUCAGCCUGUCAGCAUGGACAUUAUCGUGUGGUGGAAACUCUUCUGAAAAAUGGAGCAAAUAUCCAUGAGCAGCUUUGUGAUGGGGCGACUCCUCUCUUUCUUGCAGCACAGGGAGGCCAUGUGGAUGUUGUUCGAUUAUUGCUCACAUUUGGGGCAAAGGUGAAUCAGCCUCGGCAGGACGGAACCACUGCUCUCUGGAUAGCUGCACAGCUGGGAUACAGUGAGCUGGUGAGAGUGAUGCUGCUGAGAGGAGCUGAUCGAGAUGCUGCUCGCAUUGAUGGCACCUCAGCUUUGUUUAAAGCUGCAUCUAAGGGCUUCAGUGACGUUAUAGAAGAAAUGUUGAAGUUCUCUCCUAUGCUUGGUAUCCUAAAGAAUGGAUCCACAGUUCUCCACGCUGCCGUUCUAAGUGGCGACAUGAAAUCAGUGUCCCUUCUAUUAGAAGCCGGAGCCAACCCUACACUUAGAAACAAGGCCAAUGAAUUACCGACGGACCUGACGAAAAAUGAACGACUAUUACGUCUCCUGAAGGGAACCGAAACAAAGUGUGCUCAGCCUUGAAAUGUGUCACAUUUCUACUUUUGUAAAAAUAUGGCUUGCUCCACUAUAUAGCUGCAAGUCUGACAUCCAGCUGGCUCUAAAUUGUGCUUAUGUAUGUUAUAGGGGAGACAGACUGUCCCUUUCUAGGUUAUAUAUAACGCACCCACAAUUGCCUUUACCAGCUGAGCCUUAAGACACUAUUAAUGUAAGUACUGAGCCAUGCCAAUAUUAAUAUGUCUAUAAGGGUCACCAUUUGUGCCAGCAUGUUAAAUCUCUGGUCAAAAAGGGAUAGGAUCUGUCAUAUGCUUAAUUUAAAUGGAGGGGAAUUGUUUUAAGGGAUAAACUAAAGUCAACUAUGGAAUUUUCAGGUAUGAAUCAGGUAACUUGCUGUUCUUAUAUAAUAAUUACAAAUCAGCAGCCCUUUAAUGCAUGAAAUUAAUAUAUACAGGUAAUAUUGCUGUAUUAUUUUUGCAAAUUUUAGGCAUCAAGAAAUAAUUAUUUUUAGAUUAAAUUAAAUCUGGUUCAGGUUUUUCUAAUGAUGCAAUAGUAGAAAAUAAUUGUGUUGUUUCAAAAGUCUCACAUUUUUGGUGCCUCAAUGGAGAACGCAGCCCAGUUUCGGAUGUGUCACCUACAGUUGACGAUGCAAGUGGAUGAAGGUGCUAUGUUACGUUUAGAAGAAGAUAGUUACAAUUAAAAAUAAAUGAUUAGAACUUAAGAAUUGGACAUAGCACUUUUAUCCACAAAAUAUAUCCGUUAUAGCCUGGAGCAGGUCCAGAGGCAUACCUAGAUAUAUUGCAGGCCCCAAGGAAAAAGUUUAACGAACCCCUACGUACCACCCAAUGGUAAAAUAUGUAUAUAACACAUGUAACUUUGACAGGGAAGGUGGGCCCCUCUCAGCUCCGGGCCCCAUAGCAGCUGCACUACCUGCAGCUAUGGUAGCUACGCUCUUGCCUAAAACCUUUACUGCUGGGGUGCCUUGAGGACCGCAUUUGAGAACUUCUGCCCUAAUGUUUAAAAGUUUCACACCACCACUUACUAUAUUCUGUACGCUGGAUGGUGACACAAUGUGACAGGCAUAUAGACAUGUAUAUUGAAAUUAUAUCUAGAUUUUGAUAUUCAUGAUUUGUUGGUCAUUAGUAGAGCAUAAGCUGUGCAAACAUCAUGUAUUUUGAAAUAAAGAAAAAUUAACUUUAGCAUGGCCGAAACUAGGAUUUAUUUUCACCCCUGCAAGGCAGUAAUUUGGCGCACUAGAAUCUGAGAUAGAAAAAUAACAGAAUCUGAUAGGUUGACAUAAGCACUUUAAUUUUCUCAUGCAGCAGAUUUCAUAAAUACAUCAUACUGUUCUGCAUUCUAAACAUUGGUUUCUGUGGAAUAACCUGACAAAGGGCCUAAUUCAGAACUGAUCUCAGCAGCAAAUUUGUUAGCUAAUGGGCAAAACCAUGUGCAGAGAGAGUUAGAUUUUGGUGGAGUGUCUUCAAAUUGAAACCUAAAUUGCAGUGUAAAAAUAAAGCAGCCAGUAUUUACUCUGCACAUAAACAAUAUAACCCACCCAAAUCUAACUCUCUCUGCAAAUUUUAUAUCUGCCCCCCCUGCAGUGCACAUGGUUUUGCUCAUUAGCUAACAAAUUUGCUGCUGCGAUCAGGUCUGAAUUAGGCCAAAGGGCGAUCACAAAGCUGUUAGUAUUCUACCAAAUUCAAUGACUGAACAUGCUGAGCUAAAAGACAACAUGGAGAAUUACUGUGUUGAUGUAUGUUUAUUACCUGUUAAUAUCAGUGGGGAGAACCCCUAUACUAUACUCCUACAGACCCAAUAUACUUUUUGCAGAAAGCAUGUACUACAAUAAACAUAAAGACUUUUCUAUGCAAUUACAUAUUUAGGCUAUGUCUUUACCACAGGGCAAUCUUACUGGUGGUGUAAUGAUAUUUUUGAAAAAAAUAUGCAUUUAAUUCUGUGUAUUGCCUGACACAAUGAAAUACGGGUGCUGUUCCCAUUUCUGUUUACAAAUAAACCCUGUCUACCUGUA